CAUUCAUCUUCAGAAAUGCACCAAUUAGAGCAGAGUAUUUCCAUCCAGAGAAGUUUGCCUUUACACGUGCCAGCACAUGUUUAUGAAUACUCAAGUUUGCUUAAAACAGUACCUGUAAAAAUGACUAGGUAUGCAAGAGCAAAAGGAUCCAAAGCAUCAAAUGAAAGAAUGCCAAAUGAGGCUACACCAUGGCACUUAAUGAAACAGCAAUUAGAAGAGGAUAAAACUAAAAAAAAUGUAGAACAUAAAAAGUCAGCAAAAGAGUUAUUAACGGACCGACAAAACAGCGAUGCAAUUAAAACCAGCAAUUGGGCAGAGUUUGAUCACAAUAAGUUUGAGAAUUUAAAGUCAAAGCAUCGCACAAAGCUCACCGAAAGUUCUAUAAAUAAUGAAACCACUCAUAAUGUUACAGUUAAAAGUAAUAAUGUAGGGAAAUUAGAAAAGACGAAAAGUAGAAAAAUUGAAAGGACAGAUAAAAAGAAUAAUAAAUUUUCUAACAAGAAACACAAUAUUAAUGAUACAGACACGCAUUCAGAAUCUGAUAAGAAAGAGUCAAAUACUUCACAAAAUAACAAAAGUUUAAAUUUUCUUGUAUUGAGCAAACGACAGAAACGAAAUUUAAAGAGGAAAUUGGAAAAAUCUAAUGAAAAUUCUCAAAGCAAAGUAAAAGAAAAGAAAAUUAAAAAUAAUGGUGAAUACAAAAGAAAAAAACCAGAUACUGGUGCCGAAACAAUUAUAAUUAAUGGUGUGGAAACUAAAAUUGUCAAAUAUGAUGGAUUUCCCGUUAAAAAGGAAGAUGCAGAAAGGUUAGCAAAACUCAAACAAGAGUUGUUAAUGAAGGGUAUACCACAAUCUGAAGUAGAUAUUGCAAUGAAGCUAGAGAGACGCAAAGCUGAGAGAGCCCUGGCACGUGCUAAGAAAUUUCUCUGCUUUAAUUGUCGCAAGUCUGGACAUGUCUUAUCGGAUUGUCCUGAGCUCGGCGGAAAGGAAGAAGUAGGAACAGGGAUUUGCUUCAAAUGUGGCUCAACGGAACACACUCAUUUUGGAUGUAAAGUGAAUAAGGAUUCCACUUAUAGAUACGCCAAAUGUUUUAUUUGUCAUGAGCAGGGACACAUUUCCUCGCAAUGUCCCGACAACCCGAAAGGAAUCUAUCCUAAUGGUGGUUGUUGCAAAAUUUGUGGUGCUGUAACACACUUGAAGAAAGAUUGUCCUGACUUGAUAAAGACUAAAGAUGAUAAUACUAUUACAAUAGAGAAAAUAGAUGAUUUUGCUGUGGAAUCCUUGUAAAAAGAUAUUAAUAAAUACAGUGGGAAUAAGAAGACUUGAAAAUAAAAUUAUAUAGCUUUAGGAUAUAAUGUGUAAUAUAUAUGUUGUUAAAAAAAUGUAAUUUUUACUUCUUUUUUUUAAACAUGUAAUUUGAAAAAAAGGGAAUCAAAGAAUUUGUCGGCAUAGUACUUACAAAAAUAGAUUAAAAGGUCUAAGCUAAAAGUUAAACAGUUGGAAGAACAAGAUAAAUUUUAUGGACUUAUGUUUAGAAGUUUUCAUGUUUAUAUUUGUAAGUGUUGUAUGUCCACAAAAUCUUUUACUUAUUUCCUAUCAGAUAAUUUCUCAAUUACUGGAAGAAAUAUAUUAUUUAAUUUUAUUUUUCAUUA